AUGUCAAGUAUUAAUUCAGAACAAACUCAUGAUACUCAAAGUGAAAAUAGUUUUGCCGAAGAAUUUAUUGAAGAAACUUUAGAAUCAAAAAGUGUAUCACCAAAAAAUGCAUUAGCAUAUUCUAUAUUAUGUGAUUUGUUGGAUGAGUGUACGCUAGACAUUUUAUUGGAAACUCAUCGAGAAGCAAAAUUAGCGGCUUCUGUAUGUCAAUUAUGUAAUACGGAAUGUCGCUCAUUUGUUUCUCAACCAGGUUUAGAUAUUUUUGGAAAUAACCCUCAGCCUAAUAAUUCACCGCCAACUUUCGAAUGUGUAAGUUGUCGACGUACUUUUCCAUCAAAACGUUACGCACCACACUUGGAAAAAUGUAUGGGUCUGGCUGGUAGAAGUUCAAGUCGCGUUGCGAAUCUUCGCGAUAGAAAUCCUUCAUCACCUUACACUCCUCCAAUACUUUCUGAAGAUAACCCAGAACCAAGUGAUUCUGAUGGUGGUUUAUAUGUUGAAAAUAAAAGGAAAAAGAACAAUGAAAAAUCAAGAUCGUCAUCACCUGCUAAACCUCCUAAACAAAAGAAACAAAAAUUAUCAAUGCCGGAUUCAACGAAUGAAACACCAAAUCUAAUUGGAACUAGUGUUUCAAAGUUAAAAAUGGCGGCGGCACAAAGGAAAAACUCGGUAAGAUCAGACAGCCCAACGCCAUCAUCAGCAUCCAAUAGUCCACUUAGAAGUAGUUCACCAUUGAAACGUGUAACAACAUUACCAUCUUCAAAUACAAUAAAUGGUUGA